AUGCGCACCUUAAAGCGCACGUCGAGGCGCGUGCCUAUGCCGCCCUUAGCCCUGGGUUUGGGAACAUCGUCGACCGCCACACGGCUGCCGGUGCCACCAACGACCUCGACAGCCCCCAUAUCAACGCAUUCUGCCUGCUCGAGCUCGACUACAUCCGUCCAGCCCAUCACGUCGCUCCUUAUUGCUAACCGCGGCGAGAUAGCCCUCCGCAUAGCCCGAACAGCCGCCGCCAUGGGCAUCUGCACCACAACGCUGUACACGGACGUUGACGCGGCCUCGCAGCACGCAAGGUGCUCGCCGCACUCGAUCGCUCUCGGCCCUCCCGCCGCCUACCUUGACGGCCCGCGCAUUGUGGCCCUUGCCAAACAGCACGGUAUCCAGGCCCUGCACCCGGGCUAUGGCUUUCUGAGCGAGAACCCGGCUUUUGCCCGCGCCUGCGAGGACGCCGGCAUAGUCUUUGUCGGCCCUCCCGCUCGCGCCAUGGCUGACAUGGGCGACAAAGCCCGCAGCAAGGAGAUUAUGACAGCCGCCGGCGUGCCGUGCGUGCCGGGAUACCACGGCGCCGAGCAGUCUCCCGAGCAGCUUCAAGCCCGUGCACGCCAAGUCGGCUACCCCGUUCUGCUCAAGAGCGUCAAGGGCGGCGGCGGCAAGGGCAUGCGUAUUGUAAAGUCGGAGGGCGAGUUCGACACCCAGCUCCGGAGCGCCCGGGCCGAGGCGCGCGCGAGCUUCGGCGACGGCGGCGAGGUCAUGCUUGUUGAGCGAUAUAUCGUGCGUCCGCGCCACGUCGAAGUGCAGGUGUUUGCCGAUCGCUACGGCAACUGCGUCGCUCUCGGUGAGCGUGACUGCAGCGUGCAGCGGCGCCACCAGAAGAUCCUCGAGGAGAGCCCGGCCCCGUCACUGGACGACGCCACGAGGCAGGACCUGUGGGACAAGGCUAGGACAGCAGCGCUCGCCGUCGGUUACGUUGGCGCCGGCACGGUCGAGUUCAUUCUAGACCGGGACACAGACGAAUUCUUCUUCAUGGAAAUGAACACGCGGCUACAGGUCGAGCACCCCGUCAGCGAAAUGGUUACAGGUACAGAUCUAGUCGAGUGGCAGUUUCGGGUAGCCGCUGGCGAGAGGCUACCGCUGACCCAGGACGAGAUCGAGGCGAGGAUUGCCGAGAGGGGCGCCGCUAUCGAGGCAAGGAUAUACGCCGAGAAUCCUGAAAAGGGCUUUUUUCCAGACUCGGGCAGGCUAGUGCAUCUCUCGACGCCAAAGACGAGUGAGGAUGUGCGAAUCGACGCUGGCUUCAUCGAGGGAGACAGAGUUUCCGAGGCAUAUGACGGCAUGAUUGCGAAGUUGAUCGUCAGGGGCAAAGAUCGGGAGACGGCCAUCCGUAAGAUGGAGCUUGCCUUGCAGGAAUACGAGGUCGUGGGGCUCAGCACAAAUGUUGAAUUCUUGAAGCGCCUCUGCCGCAGCCAAGCUUUUAUCGAAGGCGAUGUCGAGACGGGUUUCAUCGACAAGUGGAGAGACGAACUUUUCGGGCCGCGUCACACAUCCAAUGAGGUAUUUGUGCAGGCCGCUCUGGGCCUGUUGGGCUCACAAAUUAGCUACUCGACAUCGGGGCUUAACGGGCCUCACGGCGAGAUGCUCGGCUUUGGCGAGUCCCGCACCCAGAGCGAGCGAAAGUUCACCUUCCGGGUCCGCGACGACACCAGUGUCGAGGAAGGCGAGGCCGUGCAGGUCUCCGUAACGCAAGUAGCGAACGCGCUGUUUAAUGUAGCCGUGCUACGCAGUGGCGACGAGACGCCGCAGGUCUUCGAGAACAUUGUAUCUGAGCUCGACUCGUCCUCUUCUUCGGCCACUAAGACGGCAUUAACGACCUUCUUUCCCCUCACAAGGAUCGAGACAACCCUGGUCCGCGACCGCGAUCCGGCAACGGAGGAGGAGAAGCUUACGCUAUUUCAGCUCGGCAAUAAGAACGAACUCCAGCUCGUCUCGCCGGACUGGUUCGAGAAGGCUCUCGGCUUGAAGGAGACUGCUGCGAGCGUGGUAGCCCCUAUGCCGUGCAAGAUACUGAGAAACGAGGUGACCGAGGGCCAGGAGGUCCCAAAAGGGGCGCCAUUGGUUGUUAUCGAGUCUAUGAAGAUGGAGACUGUGAUUAGAUCACCGCAGAACGGCACCAUCAAGAAGCUGGCACACAAGGAAGGCGACAUAUGCAAGGCUGGCACGGUGCUGGUCAUCUUCGAGGAUGCCGAAGGUGCCGCCAGCCCAACCAAGUAG